AUGAUUUUAUUCUUCUGGCUCAUCCCGCUCACUGUAUGCCUCACAACUAUUCCUCUCCUGGUACCGCUCCCACUUUCUAUCUCUGAUCUGUACAGAAAGAUCUCGCCCUCGUCAUGCUCAUCGCCUUCGCACGCCCUUGGAACUACUCGCCACCCGUCGCUCCCGCCAAUACCCUCCGUCCACGUCAUGCUGCAGUACCUUUCGGACGCAUCACGCACUCGUGAAUCCUUUGUCUAUGGCCCUCGCAUGUACACUGGUACUCCGUUCCCCGAUCAUCUCCCUCUGCCCGCACAUCUUCGGCCGCCACCCGCGUUUUGGAACCUCAGCAGGGUCAUCUGCAGUUGCACUAUCGUUGGCACUCUUGUCGCCCACGUUCAAGCUAUUCUCAUUGGCAGAAGAGCGAAGCCGCAACCAGCAUCUAUGCAAUCGCCACCGACAACUGUCGAGACGAUCAAGUAUAGGCUGAGGAAUGGUUCAGACCAUUCGAUCGCUACGCUCAACACUCCAGAGAUCGACGUCAUCUCACCUAGACUAGCCCUGAUAUACAGGAGCAAUCCUGCAGAUCCACUCGCAGACGCCAACUUGGGUAUCAACUUGGCGGACGUCUGGUCAGAUGCUAAGAGAGUCAGAAGUCACUUGUGGUUCAAGUCGCCGUCGAGCGCCACUGGCGGUGUUGGUAUAGGUCUUGAAAAGGAGUGUCUGGCCGGCAUCAGGAUGUCGUACAUGCUCGCCCCAGACUUACUCAAAUUCAGCUUUUAUGCAGAGGUACAGGAUGUGCAGCCUAGACUCCAUAAGGCUUGUGCAUGGGCGCUACGGCAGUGUAUCACCUAUCUUGAACUGGAACAGACUAUGGGGAAGCUCGGUUUUCUUUCCUUCAUACCUAAUGCAUCUGAAUCAAGUCCAUCGGCGCCCAAUUCUGAGAAUCUGGAAAAGUAUCCUUGCCUAAAUCAACUGAAUUUGGAGAACGCGAGACGGAAACUGAUUGGUUAUCUUCUGGACACGACCAUAGAUCGUCCAGAGGAAAGUAUCUUUCACUUUGAAGCCCUGAUACGCAAUGAUUCCGCAGCGCCACACUGGUGGGAGACUGGGUCUGAGCUCAGUCCUUGGCUGACAGAUCCCUUGACAUUCGCGCGCUAUGGAGAAGCACUUGCCAGGUCUGGCCUUGAUGAUAGAAUGGCUGCAAGAGCUCUCAAACUUACACUGAGACAUCAACACUGCUUGUCGUGCUUGACGCAUACACCGGAACACACGAGAUACGGCACAGCGGCAUGUUCAGAGACUGUGUUCACGACUAGGGUCUAUCUCGCCAGAGUUUUACGGCGUAUGGGCCAAGUUGACGAGGCCGUAUCUCAGGAACAGGUCUGUAUCGACUGGCUGCAAAGUAAACCAUUCGUUCUGGCGAACAAGACUCUCCAAAUUCUUUUGCCGCGUCAGGACAUUGCCAACGAAUCCAAUAGUAUCCUCUCCGCCUUAGGCGGUCCUUCAUGGUUUCAGACGAGGCUACCGACCUUAAGGGACGACGAGAAGCUUUGCCCGAUGCUUUCAGCAAGAAGGGACUAUGUUGAUGCGCUCAACACAGACGACCCACAACGCGCACAGAAACUAGACGACUUCAAUGCUUGGGUCAUGAUGCCAGAUCGGUCUCGGAUUCGUGCGUUUACUGACGCACUCGGGCUGAGACGCGACAUAGAGCGUGGCCGGACGUGGAUCCUCUUCCUUCAGGUUACCUACGACCAGCACAUCCAAGGGAAGAAGCGCAAGUUUCGUAUUGACGCAUGCAGCGCAUUUCGUAUAAGCGACGUGGUGGAGAUCAUGUCGAUGAUUAUGAGAAUGAGUGAGCAAGAUGUCCAGACAUGCAUCGAUCAGAGGCUCGCGCGUGUGGAUCCUACUAGCGCGACCCUCCAAUCUCCACCGAAUUCCUAA